GUGCACUCAGGUACACAUGUAUUUCGUGUAAAAAAUAGGAAGUUUGAUUUUCAUGUGAAAUUGGAUUUGGAGGCAAUGGUAUUAGUCCAUAUAAAAAUUCAUCAGAUACUUUAUAUACUUCAAAUUUGUGGGACUUUUACGAGUACAUGGCCUCCUGAAUUUACGGCUGGAAAACGAGAAAUCUUUUUACGAAAUCUCGGUUGGACUUUGGCAAUUUUGAAUAUAUUAGGAUCAAUGCCGCCGUUAAUACUUGGUGCUUGGAUUAUUAUACAGAAAUAUGUAACUCGUUAUUUGAGUUUUUCUAUUUUUGUUGGAAUGUCCUAUAUUCUAGCAGCAAUCGCUUUUUCCUGUGGUCCUUUAUUUUUAUCAAUAACUCUUCCAAUGGAAGCAUGGUAUCCAUUUUCUAUUGAGACUACUUACGCUAAAGGUAUUCUUUACAUAUUGCAAGUAUUUGCCAUCUUGCAAACAGGACUUUGUAUUACGGUAGACUUCAUGAUUGCUAUGUUCUUUUGGUAUCCCGCUGCGAGGCUUGAAAUGCUAAGACAAGAAAUGCAACAGAUAACACACGAAAAUCAAAUAAGAACAUAUAUUCAGAAACAUCAAGAAAUAAUAAGGUACGUAAUACUUAAG